AUGCAUAUUACAAAGAUACUUCCGACUAUCAUCUUUAAAGAAAGCCAUAGUCAUGUAUAUCAUGUGACAAUCUUGUCUACUUUUGUAGUGAUUAUAUUUUUUGUGCUUUUAUGCACGUUUGUUCGAAUCAGCAGCACGCAACCACUACUUGAUGAUGAUGAUGACGAAGAUCAAACAAAGCUUGAUAGUUUAUUUUUCAAGAAUUAUCUUGCUGCUCUUGGUCAACUUACUAAUAAUACUCGUCAUAAAUUCAAUAUUCUGCAACAUUUAUAUGAUGAUCAUCAACAAACAAAUUUAUUUAACCAAAAUAAACAAUAUAAUCCUGACAGUGGUCAAUUGGCCAAACGUAUUAUUAUGUUGCCACGUGUCGGUCGUCGUUCAAUUCGAUCGAUUUCUUACAAAUAA